CUUUCAUAUAUAGUGACUUCCUAUAUCUAUCCAAGGCAUUGGACCCCCCUCCCCCGCAAUUGGUCACCCUAAAACUCCCUUGACCACAGCCUAACAUCUUUUCACUCGUAGACCCUGACUCGAAUUCAAAUACGGUAUUCGAUGCCAAGAGGUCCAGUCACAAAGUGCCCUUGAAACCGUUAGCCAGUCACGUUGGGCACAGCACGAGACCUAAAGCGAGGUCCACAACGGGUCCCGUGGCCCAUUUUCAUACCCAGGUCCAAUCUACGGUAACAGUGAUUCAGAAUUCAUAGCUCUUCCCAAUCCAGUUUAACAACAUUUUAACCUCCGCCACGAGGGCACACCUUCGCGGGCAGAGCAAAACACGAUCAAGGAAUGACUAGUGUCCAAUCACCCCGCUCCACGUCCAGAAGGUAUAGUUCAAAUCAAAUGACUCACCUCACUAUAUAAACGUUCUCGACCCCGACCCGUUGGGAAAAAACUCUCCCUAGCGAUCGUGGUAUACGAAACGACAGAAUAAACGUAAAAUGAUCUUUUGGAGUUUGCUGCUUCUUGCCACCAGCGGGCUGGCUAAUAUCGUUUUUCCUGCUUAUAAUGGGCCCCCGAGAUUGAAAUACAGUGUUGUGCCUGGGUAUUUCAAACAGAGCAGUUUGGCUACGGAUGAUAGAACAUAUGAUCCGCUUCGGGAUAGCUUUGGCCUCACGGACCCGAGUCCUCAUCGAUGGUAUCGCUUUCGCCAGAACAUCCACGCCCUCAACAUGAAUGCUCCGGAGGGUGUUAGAUAUGUGGUGCUAUACCUUGCAAGGCACGGGCAAGGACACCAUAACGUCGCUGAAGAAUUCUUCGGUUGGGAAGCCUGGGAUUGCUACUGGGCGAUGCAAGGCACAAACGGCACUUACACCUGGGGACCUGACGCCAAACUCUCACCCCGAGGUCACUCAGAAGUAGCCAGAACCUCCAAAGCCUGGAAACGCGAAGUCCCACACGGCGUCCCGCUUCCCGAAUCCCACCAUGUCUCACCACUUUCCCGGUCUCUCUCAACCCUCGUUGAAACCUGGAAACCGGUAGCCCUGAACCCUCCCCGCCCCGUUUGCCACGAACUCCUCCGCGAAACCCUUAGCCUGCACUAUAGCGAUAGGCGGUCGAAAGCCUCGUACCUGAGGGAAAUGUACCCGGAAGUUGAAUUCCCGAUCGAAGAGGAAGACCCCCUGUGGAAUUUCCACCGCGAAUCUGAAAUCGGAAGGAAUAUGCGCAUCAAGCAUGUCCUUGAUGAGAUUAUCAACAAUGAUCCCAACACUUACAUCGCCAUGACAAGCCACCUUGGUGUCAUCAAUUCCACACUCGUGGCAUUGGGACAUAGACCUUACGCCCUACAAACCGCGGGUGUUAUCCCAGUCGUGGUUAAGGUGGAGAGGGACUUGGAGUGGACGGGAGAACCAGUUUGGAGAAAGAAGGAGAGCUGGGAAAUCCCGAAGGCCGAGAUGAGGAGUGUUUGCCCGGGAUAUGAACCUGUGCUGGUUUCCGGCCAGUAUGUCGAUGGGAUGGGUGUUUGGCCUUAUUCGUAA